ACCCGGGGGACUCCCUGGCAGGAGACAGGGUGGGCUGGGGGCCCGCGCUCAGCACGAGGGGGACGCCAGGCUGGGUACCCUGGGCCUUCUCCAGGCAAAGCCCGCUUCCAGCUCAGCAGCCGAAUGGGCAGGGAAAUGGGUUUUCCCGAGGGGGAGCGGUGUCUUUCCUUUCUUUGCAGAGAUUUCACUGGCAACUCCAUUGCUGAGAUUGGAAAACGAGCCUGGAAGAACUACCCGUGGGCUGAGACCUUAGUGCUCAGGGACAAUGAGCUGCGGGCAGUGAAGAGCCAUUCCCUGCAGGGGCUGUUCCUGCUGAAGCACCUGGAUUUGUCUGGCAAUGAGAUCGUGUCCAUUGAGGAACGUGCUUUCGAGCCACUGCCUUUCCUGAAGCUUCUAAACCUCUCCGGGAAUGGCCUCACGCAGAUCCGCAGCGGCACUUUCCAGGCCUGGCACGGGAUGCAGUUUCUCCAGGAGCUCAUCCUCAGCCAUAACCCGCUGGCUGUCAUUGCUGACGCUGCGUUCUUCAAGCUGCCUGCAGUGAGCUCUCUAGACCUGAGUGCCACCCAAGUGACUCCGCAGACGCUGCUGCUGUUCCUGCAGAGCACAGUGAGCUUGGAAAGCCUCCAAGUGCCCAAGGAUGUGGCCUGCUGCCUGUGCCAGGAGCGUCCCCUCGCCGAGAGCCCGUGCAGGACCAUCCAGUUCCUCUGCGAGAAGCUGUGCAGCACCAGCGCCCCGCAGUGCGCUCACACAGCUCGUCUGCUUCAGACACGGGGAGAAAUAAUGGACACGCAACUUCCCAGAGAGCUGAACACCAGCCCAGUGUUGAGCCUCAAGCCCAAGGAGCCUUCCCUGGGAGAUCAUGGAACCGUAACAUUUGCGGUUGCCCUGACCCUGAGCACUGAGGGUGAUGUCAGCAGCCUGGCCAAUUCCAGAACAAAUUCACAUCCCCCUCAGCACCUCUCAGGGCAUGAAGGCAAAACAAGCAUUGAUGACCUGAGAGCCAAGCUCGAGAAGAAGGUGGACAAGGCUGAAAGCAUCAAGACUGUUAAAAGCAUUGUCCCACACCAGCCCCAGCCCGCCAGGCUGAAGGAUGUGGAGGAAAAGACACCCUCAAGCUGGCAUCACAAGCAGCAGGACUCCCGUUUGAACUGGCAAGCAUUAAACCCCUGGGAUGUAGCUGGUGGGUUAAACCCCAGUGACGAUGCCUCUAUCGCUGGACACCACAGAGAUGAGCAGCAAGAUCCAGCUCCAAGGCAGAACUUCAUUAUGACUCACAAUCAGCAGCAGGACAGCCAGUACUGGGUUGGACAUAAUCAGCUUUUCUACCAGGUCAUGGGCCCUAUGAAAGCAGUGGGAGAGCCCAAAGUCGACCAGCGUCUAAACAGGAACCUGGAUUUUCUCUCUGACCCGUUGGUUCAGAGCCGCCCCGCUGCGAGCAGCAGGGGAGAGGCCACGGCUGAAGAGGGGCAGUCCUCUCUGGGCGGGCACCUCCUGAUCAUCCCUGACUCCACAGAGACACACUGGAAGCAACAGGAAGAAGGCUCCAGGUUCCUCAAUAAACCUGGGAGCCCCCAAGGCCCAGACCUUGCGCUGGUUCCAGGAGAGCGCUUGGAAACCACGGUCGAUCGUUUCCUGCGCUUGCUGGUGCCGGACAAAGGCCUGCGGACGUUCAUGGCCCAUGUGGAGCGAGCCCUGAGGACGGACUGCAGCCUGCCCCAGCUCCAGCUGGCCUGUGCCAAGAUGGUCUCAAAGACUGGGCUGCUUCUAAAGGUGCUCAGUGAGAGGCAAGAGAACCAGGGAGCCUCUGAAUGCAAGGGCCAGUGUCCCCUGCAAGACCUGUCCAGACGCAUGGCCCUGGGGGAGGGCAAGGAAGCCACAGGGAAGAAGGCAGAGCAGACAGGGGAAAUGAUCAUGUUUGUGGUUUUGUGUUCUGUCUUCAUUAUCAUUGCUGUGAUGCUGAAGACUGUCUUCCACAUGCGCUUCCUGUCUCAUGAAGCUGGUUCCCAACCCCGCCACACCAGGACUCUCUGCCUGAGAAGGUGCGGUGUAAAACUGCCAUGGAAAGGGAAGAAGGAGUGCAAGGAGGCACAGGAUGUAGAGCAGAAAAGGGCACGGAGCUCCUCCCAGUGUCACCCAUCUGCCCAGACUGCCUGCUCAUCCUCACCUUUCAGAGUCCUUCUUUUCCUCAGCACGUUCAAGUGCUUUUCACUGUUCAGAAAACCUGAAUUGGCAUUGGUUCAAUUCAUCCCGGAUUCCUCUGAAGCUGACAGAAAAGCAAUCCAGGAAGAGACAUAAUGUGAAGAACCUGCAGGACUGGAAGAGUUUCAAGAGGUUGAAGAAGUUAAUGGGAUUCCAACAACACUUCGCCUCUUGUUCUACUAUAGGAACUGCUGAGGCUCUCCUUGGAUGCUGUUUCAUUUGCUGUUGUUAUUUCCUUGGACGCUUUUUCCUUGACUGUUAUUUUCCUUCUGUCACUGCUGAGGGAAGGCCAGAGGGUGCUGUGGGUGCUCGGGACACCCAGAGGAGACAUCAGUACCUCAGGGUUCUCCUCAUCCCUUGUGGCAACGUUUCCCCCUGCG